AUUAAUUGUAUGUUGCAAUCAUUUGUAAUAAGAAAACGUGAGGAAAACGUUUGGAUAUAUUUGAGUGAAUUUGUUAAGGAAAAUUAAUGAAUUUGAAAAAUAUUUGACAUUAUCAAUGUUCAAUUCUUUUUCUUUAAUAAUACGCGAUACAUAUAUAAAGUUCAUAAUUUAAACAAUACAGAUCAUUUUAUCAUCGAAACAAAAUGUUUAAUACAAAUGGAGCUAUACGAUCAGGAACAGCGACAUCAUCGAAUCCUAUGCAAGAUUUUGAGGUUGUCUCACCACCAGAUGAUUCUAUUUCUAGUUUAAAAUUUAGUCCUGCUUCAUUACAACAGAAUUUUCUUGUUGCUGGUUCUUGGGAUUGUAAUGUUCGAUGUUGGGAAGUCGAACAAUCUGGUAAGACAGUUCCUAAGUCAAUACAAUCUAUGGCAGCACCUAUUCUUGAUGUUUGUUGGAGCGAUGAUGGAACAAAAGUUUUUAUGGCUUCAUGUGAUAAAACUGCUAAAUGUUGGGAUUUAGCUUCAAAUCAAAGCAUUCCUGUAGCAGCUCAUGAUGCUCCUAUUAGAACUUGUCAUUGGAUUAAAGGAACUACGUAUUCUUGUUUGAUGACUGGUUCUUGGGAUAAAACAUUAAAGUUCUGGGAUUUAAGGAAUCCAAAACCAGCAAUGACACUUAAUUUACCUGAAAAAUGUUAUUGUGCUGAUGUAGAUUAUCCAAUGGCUGUAAUAGGAACAGCAGGACGUGGGUUAAUUGUAUACCAAUUAGAAGGAAGUCCACGUGAAUUUAAACCUGUUGAAUUAAGUUUAAAAUAUCAAUAUCGAUGUGUAGCAAUUUUUAGAGAUAAAAAGAAAAUACCUACUGGUUUUGCCAUUGGAAGUACAGAAGGACGUGUAGCUAUACAUCAUUUAAAUCAAAGUAGUAAAGACAAUUUUACAUUCAAAUGUCAUAGGAUAAAUGGAUCUCCAAAUGGUUACCAGGAUAUUUAUGCAGUAAAUGAUAUAGCAUUUCAUCCUGUUCAUGGUACAGUAGCUACGGUAGGUGCAGAUGGUACUUUUGGUUUCUGGGAUAAAGACGCUAGAACAAAACUAAAAUCAUCGGAAAUAAUGGAACAGCCAAUUAUUCGCUGUUGUUUUAAUCAUAAUGGACAAAUAUUUGCUUAUGCAGUUUCUUAUGAUUGGUCAAAGGGUCACGAAUAUUACAAUCCUGCGAAAAAGAAUUCUAUAUUUCUUAGGCCAUGUUAUGAUGAAUUAAAACCAAAAGCAUCACCAUAAUUGCAAUUAAAAUUUCAUUGACAAUUUUUAUUAUA